ACUCAAUCGAACAACAAAUGAUAAACAUUUCAAAUCUCGUCAUAUUGCUGGCUUCUACUAUCAUCAUUGUUCAAACGAACGGUCUAGCUCAUUGGUACGACGCAAUAAGAUGCCACGCUCACACACGUCUAUCCAUUCAAAAGUUCUGCUCAGUGGAGAACAAAACUUGUCACCCUGUCUUCGAGAACGCAGCCGAUCUGUUCCAGAAACUUGGCGUCGAAGCCUUUGUCCGACACUCUAAGACAGGAAGCGAAGGAACAUGGUGGCCAACAGCAACCGGACCCAAAGAGAGCUGGCACUCGUUUGUGCGAGAAACCGGCAGGAAUCUGCCACAGGAGUUUAUCAAGAAAGCGCACGCAAACAACCAGAGAAUCAUUCUUUAUCAUUAUCCGAAAACGAGCGGCUACUAUGCUGAAACCGAGAAGGGCUGGUUGAACAAGAACAUCCACGGUCACCCAGUGGAAUAUCCGAGAGGUCUCGGUUUGUGUGUCAAUUCAGGAUGGAGACAGAAAUACAUAGAACAACUACUAGAACUAGUCGACUUCGGUGCCGAUGGACUAUAUUUUGAUGAAAUUCCUCAGCCGUAUCAAGGCUGCUGGUGCGAAAAUUGCAGAGAGAAAUUCAAGCUACAGACGGGACACGACCUGCCUACCACAAUGAAUACUUCAGAUUCCGUAUACAAACUGCUCCUCGAAUUUACGACUCGAUCGGUUUUAGAGCACUACAACGAAAUAACAAGAGCAGUGAACUCACGACGAGCUGACGUUGCUAAUCUAGUUUCUAUCUACAAAGUACCAGCCGUCGACAACAGUGGGCGAGUGUACGAAUCGACCAAGCUUGUCAACUCAACGAACAGUACGGUUGCAAAGACCGAGUUCGAGAUCCCGGAAAGUGCGAACGACUUUUUUAAGCAUCAAACGGGUUUGCACGACCACGGAUAUAUUUCGGAUGUCUACCUGUCAAUGGGUUGGUCAAUCAGUCGCGACGCAGCCGCCGGUCGUCCGCCGCACACUUGGCUACCGCAUCUGACUAACGCAAGUCAAGCGGCCGCCGCUACGUUUGCGCUAAUGACGUACGGCAUGGUCGCCAACCCAGAUCAUCAAGAGAAUGCUAUCCCGGAUUAUAGGUUGUAUAACUUGACGUAUAAAAUCGCAAGAAAGUUGAAUCCGUAUUUGAACGGCACUCGGCCCGUUCGAUGGGCUGGACUGUUUUUCAGCGAGGCAGCGAGAAAUGCCUAUCUCCCGCACAGUGAGACUGCUGCGUGGAUAAAUGUGUUGUUUCCCACCGUGUCCGCUUGGGAGACAUUGAUUAGAAUGAAAGCACCAGCAGGUAUUAUUACAGACUGGCAACUGUCAGGCAACACUACCACCUCGACAUGCACUUGUGGAAAACAUGGACGACGCGAUGACGUCACUCAGCCAAACGUGGAAAAUGCCGGUAAAGAUCUUUUUUCUCAAGGCUAUAGAGUUAUUAUCGUGCCUGUUGCUCCAGUUUCGUUGUUGCAGAACAAUAGUUUGACUUCGUUUCAGCAAGCAGGUGGUAAAGUCAUCUACUUGAAUUCCAAAGAACGAUGGGAAGACAAGAAGGAACGCAUCAGACUUGAAGAAGAUUUGCAUAGAGAAAUUACAUCAAAGGUGGGGCCCGUACCCAUUCAGCUGAAUCAUGGAGGCAAGUUUGCUCACGCGGUACCCUUGCAGUCUCCCACUGCGCCAUCUUCGUUUGUCGUGAUGGUAACAAAUGAUUACCGUUGGACGUAUUUUCAUACGGGAGUUCCCGAACGCGUUACGAAUGCUAGCUUAACGUUUCGCGGUGUCUCAGAAGAUCUAUCUGUUACUGACGUCAUCAACGACUCCGUGUUGGCAGCUCAUUGGCAGGGGAACGAAACAUGGAUUGUAAACCUACCCAAAUUUCUUCAUUAUUUAGCUGUACACGUUCAAUGCAAAGGCGCUUGUUGGUCAUAACUCCACAUACAUGUGUGUACUAAUUAAUUACUAACUUGCAAUAUUAUGUAAUUUUUAGUACAAUUUUCUAAUUUCCUAUUUUUUCUAUACAAAAUGCACGUGCGGUACAACAGAAAUUGUUACAGCAAUUGAAUAUACCCUCGU